CAGUGAGGCGGGACCUUUGUCCAUUAUAAAAGGCGGGAGAAGUGGGCUACCGGCUUCAUUCACCUGACGAUCUGUCUAGAAGCUCACAACUGUCUUCGAGAAGAUGAUUCAACCCAAGACUCUGACGGCGAGGAUCACGGAGCGGGUCUUCAUGACUCCCGAGCCGGCCUCCCUCGUCCUUUUCCUGGCGACCUUCCUGCUGAUGGUCCGGUACCUGACGGGCCGCUCCAUCGGCAAGAUGCCCCCCUGCCUGCCCAACGCCUGGCCGAUCCUAGGCCACCUGCCCUCCAUAGGUCUGCGUGCUGACCUGGCCUUCACGAAGUUGGGGAAGAAGUACGGAGACAUCUUCCAAGCUCAACUCGGCACGUGGAACGUGGUGGUUCUGAACAGUUAUCAGGCCCUGAAGGAAGGCUACAUCGACGGCGGCGACGCCUACAACGACAGACCACACUUCUACUCCUACCAGCUCUUCUCCGAUGGAGGAAAAGGGACAGCCUUUGCCGACGACUCGCCCGCCUUCAGGAAGAAGCGACAGUUUAUGGUGAAGGUGUUCCACCACUUCGGCAGCGGGAAAGCGUACCAACAGCUGGACACGAACAUUGCCGAAGAGGCACGAAAGCUGGUGGAAGUUAGCAAAGGCCUAGAGGGCAAACCUUUCGACCUGCAACCCUACGUGACUGUGACCACCCUCAACAUCAUCUGCUCCAUGGUGUUCGGAAAACUACACGACUACCACGACGAGGGCUUCGCCCGAGUGAUGAAGAACUUGGACAACGUCACCAUGAACAUGAUCAACGUCGGUGUCCUGAACGUCUUCCCCUUCCUUCGACACAUCCCAGCCAUCAACUCCAGCGCUAGAGAGAUCGUCGAGAACAAGAGGAAGAUCAUGUCCUUCGUCAACGACAUCAUCGAGGAGCAUCGCGCCACCUACGACCCCGACCACACGCGAGACCUGGUGGACGCCUACCUGAAGACCCAGAGCGGCGAGGGCAGGAGUGAGUUCCUGACAGAUGAGGAGCUGGCCCACAUGGCUGUAGAGCUAAUGGUCUCUGGGAACGACGCGUCAUCUUAUGCUCUACAGUGGGGCAUACUGUUCAUGGCCCUACACCCGGAAAUACAAGAGAAGGUCCAGCGCGAGAUUGAUGACGUCAUCGACCCGAACACCAACGUCAGCAUAUCCCUCCGCCAGCAUCUACCCUACACCCACGCCACCACUCUCGAGAUCCUUCGAUACAGACCCCUAGCACCGAUCAACGGAAGGAAAACGAAGCGGCCAGUCAAACUAAGGAACUACGAGCUACCAGCCGACACCAUCGUCUUGACCAACGUUUGGAACAUCCUCCACGACCCGGAGACAUGGUCUGAACCCGAAACGUUCAACCCCGCAAGGUUCCUAGACAGCGAAGGUCAAGUGUUCGUCCCACCACAGUUCAAACCGUUUGGCGCAGGUCGGCGGAUAUGUACCGGACAGCAGGUUGCCAAACAGAUGCUCUUCACCAUCUUCACCACCCUGAUGCAGCACUUCACAUUCAAACUGCCAGAGGGCGCACCUGCACCGGACACAGAAGGCACAGUAGGCAUGAUGCUCGGACCAAAGCCCUUCCAAGUCUGCGCUAUACCUCGACACUGAGCCAUCUUAUCGAAACAAAGCAGGCAUUAGAAAUAUUGAAAACAGAGCCGACUGUACACCAUACAUUCCAGUAACAACUCAAAGAGAUUUGUUGCAAUGUACUCAUUUUACAUUUUUGUACGAAUAUUUUAUGCAUUUUUUUCAAUAUAUCUGUUGCAAAUGUAUAUUUUGUAAAUACUAACGACGAUUUUUAAAGGUUGGCAUUUAAGACAUUGCAUAGAUAUGUACAUGUGUUAACGAUUCGUAUCGAAGUCGCAUUACACUACCACAUGAAGCUAAGGAUAAAAAAAGUCAAGGUCCGUACUGAGUUGGAGGCUCGACCUCUCCAGAUGUAUUGGAGGUUAAUAUCUAUUGCAUUAUUGUGUAUAUCAUGAGAGUUUUGUAUAUGACCAGGCAGUGGUUAUAAACUGCUGCGGUAAUUUGUGUCAGUUUUGUAGUGUUUAUUGUUAACUUCCAGAUAUCAUGUGUUAAAACUUUGCGUUAUGAAAAACAAUGCAAUGACAAUACCGUAAGUACCAACCACGUCCGACUUACACAAUGAGUUUUACCAUUGUAGUCUUGAUCUAUACUGUCGUACGAUUCCAUGAUGUUGUAAAUAGACGGUUCGAAGUCAA